GGCGCUGGCUGGGCGGCUGUGGGGCCCGGCAGCAGCAGCCGCCGCCGCCGCCGCCUCGGCGGCCCCUCGCUCCUCCUCCUCCUCCUCCUCCUCGGAGCGGCCGCCUCCCUGCCCCCGGGCCUCCCGGGCUCGGCGCGCCCAUGGAGCUGCACAUCCUGGAGCACCGGGUCCGGGUGCUGAGCAUCGCGCGCCCGGGACUCUGGCUCUAUACGCACCCGCUUGUCAAGCUGCUCUUCCUGCGGCAGCGGAGCCGGUGCAAGUUUUUCAGCCUGACGGAAACCCCAGAAGAUUACACCCUGAUGCUGGAUGAGGAAGGAUAUAAAGAGCUGCCCCCGUCGGAGUUCUUACAGGUGGCCGAGGCCACGUGGCUGGUGCUCAACGUCCUGUCCAACAGCAGCUCGGCCACCAACUUUCAGGCCGUGGGCGUCACCAAGAUCGCCAGGUCGGUCAUCGCGCCGCUGGCCGAGCACCACGUCUCCGUCCUCAUGCUGUCCACGUACCAGACGGACUUCAUCCUGGUGCGGGAGCAGGACCUGCCCGUGGUGAUCCACACUCUGGCCCAGGAGUUCGCCAUCUACCGGGAGGUGGACGGGGAGCCGGUGCCCGUGGCCAGCGAUGACGCCAGCAACGGCUUCCACAAAGCCAAACUGGGCCCCUCUCCCACCGUGCACCCCAUCCAGAGCCCCCAGAACAGGUUCUGCAUCCUGACGCUGGACCCCGACACGCUCCCCGCCAUCGCCACCACCCUCAUGGACGUCCUCUUCUACUCCCACAGCGCUUCGAAGGAGGGGGCUUCCGAUGACCCGGACGCCGACUCCAUCCCCUUCUUCGCCUUCUCCCGCAUCGAGGGCUAUAUCUCCAUCGUCAUGGACGCAGAGACACAGAAGAAGUUCCCCAGCGACCUGUUACUCACCAGCUCCUGCGGAGAACUUUGGAGAAUGGUCCGAAUCGGGGGCCAGCCCCUGGGCUUCGAUGAGUGUGGGAUCGUGGCCCAGAUCGCCGGGCCCCUGGCCGCCGCAGACAUCUCUGCCUACUACAUCAGUACCUUCAACUUUGACCACGCGCUGGUCCCCGAGGACGGCAUCGACAGCGUCAUCGAGGUCCUUCAGAGUCGCCAGGAGAGCUGCCGGUAGUGGCCGGAUGGGGACCCUGGCUCCCCACCAUCUCCCCCUUCUCGCGUGGGGCUCCGAGGGCGCCGCUUUCCGGGCAGCGUUUGUCCCGUGGCCAUGAGGGCCGGGCCCCCGGGUGCGCGUGAGGCGCCCCCUUUCUCUCUCAUUGUCCGCAGUUGUGGCCCGAGCGGGUGCCCGGGGCCGGGGCCCUCCCUCCAGGCCGGAGCUGCCCCCCCGCCCCCGUUGUCCCGUGUCCUCCCCCGGAGGACGGGAAAGCCGAGAGGCCCGGCCUCUAGUGCCCAAAGCCUCGUGUGCCUUCUUCGUGUGGCUCUGUGGGCGCACGUGGGGCCCACGGAGCGCAAUCAUGGUGCUGCGGAUGGCUCCGCUUGGGAAGCCUCAAGCCUUGACACUCCCCGCCCGGGCCCCUGGUGACCGUCUUUGCACAAGCCCCUCCCCCCGGGGGCCCCCCUGCCUUUUCCCUCCCCCUCUGCAGGCCUCUCCCCCGGCCCUCUCCGGGGUCCUGGGAGGAAGCUCUCUCCGCGGAGGCCCCUCCCCCGGGAGCCCCUGACCUCCGCCCCAGCCUCCCAGCCUCGACUCCCAUUUUUAAGAGAUCUCCUUGGCAAUAAAGCACUUUGCAGUUCCUGGGC